GGCAAGAAGAUUCAAAUUGCAACGACCCUUUAUUCCUAAAGCAAGGUUGGUCUCAAAUAAUUUCAGCCAUAGGUCGAAUGUGCAGAUUGGCGACGCUACGCAUGCGUGUGCGCUUUGUUCCCGACCAUGUUUUAAAGGCUCACCGGUAUAUGUGGCGGGUUUCCAUUACACUAUUGCGGGGCCAAAAUUAAUGUGUAGGUUGAGUUAUAUAGAUCGUGUCAUUCACGUAGACGCGUACCUUGACUCCUAAUGCCAUGUUAUUAAAGAUUAGAAUUGACAAAUCUGCGCGUCAUCGUGGAUUACACGAAGUAUAAAUUAUUACUUACAUUUCUUAAUGAAUAAUGAUGCGUGUUGCAGCUCGUAAAGUGUAUUCGGUAAUGAGGAUUGACAUACAAAUCGUUUAGGUUCCACUUUCCUUAUGUUCAAGAUUAGAAUUAAAAAAAUACAGUAGCGGGGCAAGACCAAAAUUUGGUGUGGGCAAAAUGUACCUUUAGCGAGGCCCUCUGGUGGCGCAUAAAAACGAACAAAUGUUUACGUUGCGUCCGAGUUUACGUAUUUGAGCCGCGAGGCCCCUCGGACCGCGUGACCGUAGGCGGUAGCCCGCGUCGCCCACGUCGUCCACGUCUAGCGCCACCUCUGAAAAAAUUGACGAAUUUUUUCUUCACGGAGAAUGAAUUGAUUGCCAAUUGAGUGGAGCGGACCAUGAGUUUGUUUCCAAAAAAUCUAUUUAGUGUGUGUGGUGGUCGAAAGUCGUGGAUUCAUCCCAGUUGUGCUGAUUCGGUUACGGUCCUUCAUACCCAGACGAGGUUAAAAACCGUGACAUUAAACUGACGGGCGACAAUGGGCCCGCGCGCCGCGACAACAAAAGGUCACAGCCCGUGACGAGCGGCCGGCCGCGGGCCGGCUCAUUAUGGGUUCGAUUCUGGCUUCGGCACCACGGGAUUAUGUGAGGACGAACUAAAUAGAAACAGCGAUGACGAAUUCGAAGAUUUUGAUAUUAUGGUGUGCCGCUUUCAUACAGGCUGCUUACUGUGCGGAGGAACACCAUGGAUAUGAAACGCAUUCGGAGGUGACGAUGGAAACUGAUAUGACCCGGGGCCGCCGCGGUGUUAUCGAAGAGGAGAAAUUUUACAACAUUCGCACCGAAAACAACCAGGAGGCCAACCAACCCUGGCUGCCCGGCCCUCCUGAGGACCCCACUACGAAAAUAUCCAUCACGAAUGAGAACGCUAAAGAGGUUCUUCCUUUGUAUCAGACCACAGAAAGAGUUACAGAUAAACCUACUGGCAGAGGUGCUAGAGCCUCCAACGACAACUGGAUCAAACUGCCUUAUCCAGGUCGCGAAGAGGACACCAGAGACGACAUGCUCACGCCUCCGCAACCUUCAGGAGAACUGAUCAACUCCCGCAUGCCUCGAGUAAACUUCGUUACACAAAAUAAACCUUUAGAAGCAUCUGAAUCGAGAAACGACAAGGAAACCAUUCAGAGAGUAACAAGGACCGACGACGUUCGAGACAUACGAACAGACUUCGUCAGACCAGGCGAAGACGAGCGAGCUAAGUUGUAUAAGCCAGUGUACCCGCGGCAGGCCGUAUACUACCCAGAAGAAUCCCGGCGACCCUACUACAACGAACGGUACCCAGCUUACCCUGUCUACCCCGCUGACGACUUGUAUCGACGCGAUCCUUACUACGACAGUUAUGACAGAAGAAGUAUCCCUAGGUAUAUCCCUGCACCAUAUGGCCCUAAAGUCGAUCGAUACGAUGAACCUUACGACAACUACGUACCACGAAAACCGAAGAGAAUAAUCUACUACACCCAUCUUCCUGAAGUCGUCAGGACGCCUCCAAGCGUAGAUUUGAGAUACAGGUACUCUGUAGACCCUUACGGCCGGCGGCCGUAUGAUGACGAUUACUAUGCACGAAACGGCAGGUACGACUAUAGAUUCAGAAACAAGUAUCCGUACGCACCUCUAAGGAAAGAAGAAAGGAAUUAUAGAGAUUUGGUUGGAGCUGGUACGACAGCUAGAGACAAGAAAGCCGAGGAGAAAGUGACACCGACCCCAAUCCUUCCAGAAAAAGAGGACAAGUAUAAGAAACCCACCGAUUACAACAGGAACGUGAACAGGAAUCUGAUAAAUAGUCACCAGUACCACGAUGGAGUGGUGAACUAUAAUGAGCCGGUGUCUCACAAGGCCUUCCAGGACGUGGUGAGACAGGACGACACCUACUUGCGGUACGAUGAACCAUUGUUCCAAGGCACCGUGGAAGAUCCGUACCAAAGAAAAUACUAAUUGAAAGCGACUUCGUAGAUUUGUUUUCAUACAUGUUAUCAAUAAAAUUAUUUCCAAAUAUUAACGGAGGAAGAACAAGCUAGGUUUACGAUUUCAAUACCAGCCGUUUGUAUCGAUCAGUUAUUUAAACGAUUUUAUUUACAAUUAGUUACUUGCCUAUGUUUACGUUUGUAAAAUUAGGUAUUUUGUGUCGACGAUAAAUUGCCCAUGUAAAUGUAAUGCAGAUUCAGUAUUCUGUUUAACUUGUCGGUAAUAAAUGUAA